AUGGCAUACUUUAAUAACUUGUUAGCGUUUUACUUCUUGUUUUUCUCCUUGUUGUUCCUCUCAUCAUCUGCUCAAACAAACUGCUCGGAUUUCCAGUUCCGUGGAAAAUCCUACGACUCGUGCAGUGAUCUUCGUACUCUGAAUUCCUUUAUUCAUUGGAACUACAACCUAUCUUCUGGUAGAGUUGAUAUCGCCUUUAGGAAGUCCGUAAACAAGUACGGGAGAUGGCUUGCUUGGGCUAUAAACCCAACAUCUACAGGGAUGAUUGGCUCGCAAGCUUUUGUUGCAUUGCAGCGUUCAGAUGGUACUCUCGAGGCAUAUACAUCACCUAUCAACACCUAUGGAAUUGUGAAAGGCAACUUGAGUUUUAGGGUUCACGACGUUUCAGCUCAGAAUAUCAACGGACAUGUCAUCAUCUUUGCAAGGUUUGAGCUACCUAUGAAUGGAACCAAUAUUGUGAAUCAUGUUUGGCAAGAAGGACCAUUACAAGAUGAUGAUACACCAGGAAGUCAUGGCAUGUCAGGAGAUAACAUGAAAUCUUUUGGGACUUUAGAUUUCCAUUCUGGAAAAACUGAGGUUAUAACUCAUAUAAAACCAAAUUUAAGGUCUAAGGUAAAGAUAGCACAUGGGAUUAUCAAUGGGGUUAGUUGGGGAAUGAUGAUGCCACUAGGUGUUGUUCUUGCUAGAUUGAGGUAUCUACCAUUACCACAGUUGCCAGCUUUGUGGUUCUAUCUACACAUAUAUUGUCAAAGUAUAGCUUAUGUUCUUGGUAUUGUUGGAGGAGGUUUGGGAUUUUACCUCAGGAAACAAUCUCCUGGGGGAGUUAAACACACUUCUCAUAGAUAUAUUGGUUCUGCACUUUUAGUCCUUGCAACGUUACAAUUCUUAGCUCAUUGUCUACGGCUGAAAAAGGAACACAAACACAGGGUGUAUUGGAAUAUCUACCAUUGGUGCACUGGUUAUGGUACUAUCAUAUUGGCAAUUGUCAAUUGUUUCAAAGGUUUCCAACUGAUGGAUGAUGGGAUGUGGAUGACGGUUUACACUGCUUCCUACAUUGCUUUUCUUGCUUCCUUGGCCUUUGUUGCUUUUGGUCUUGAAGUUUUGAGAUGGUACCUGAUGAGGGCGACAAAAGAAACUACACCAAGAAGUUCUGCAAAUGAUAUAGAAGAUAAGGCGUAG